AUGUCCGAGGUGUACAGCAUCGAGCCGAAGACGUCCGGCAGGGUAACCAUCUACACCAGCCUGGGGGAGCUGGAGGUGCUGCUCUUUUGCAACGAGUGCCCGGUGGCAUGCCAGAACUUCCUUCAGCUGUGCCUGAACAACUACUAUAACGGAAAUAAGUUUUUCCGGGUGAUUCCCAAGUUUUUGAUCCAGACGGGCGACCACACGAACACGGGGCUGCACAACGAAUAUGCCUUUAAGGAGCCCUUCCAGAACGAGUGCAACCGGCGACUCAAGUUCCUCUACGCGGGGUGCAUCUCCUUCGCAAACCUAAAUAUAGAAAAGCCGUCCAAUGGGAGCCAAUUCUUCAUCACCUUAGAUAGGGCAGAGUACCUUAAUAACAAGAGCACCCUCUUCGGGAAGGUCGCAAAGCACAGCAUAUAUAAUUUGCUGAAGUUUAACGAAAUAAAGACGAACAAGAAGGAUGAGCCCAUUGAGGAUGCUCCCUACAUUCGGUACAUCAAAAUAGAGGAGAACCCCUUUCACCACUUGGUCCCGUAUGCUAACUAUGAGAGGGAGGUGAAGGAAAGGAGGCAGCAGGAGGGGGGUGCGCAGCUGCCCAGGGGGGGGGAGAAGCUCGGGGGGAAGAAGCUCAGGGGGAAGAAGCUCAGGGGGAACUUGCUCUCCUUCGCCUACGAGGAGGGAGAAGCCUCUGAUGAGGGAGAGGCAGCCGAUGAGGGGGAAAAGCCCACAGAAGAAGCCUCUGAUGAGGGAGAAGCCGCUGGUGAGGGAGAAGCCGCUGAUGAGGGAGAAACCGCUGGUGAGGGGGAAGACCCAUCGGGAGACACCCCCAGCGACCGCCCCACCGUGGAAGACGCGGCGAAUGGAGCCUCCCCAGAAGGAGAACCCCAAAGCAGGACAUCCCCAGGAAGGAGCAAAAAGGACAGCAGUAUUGUUGAGGAUAAAAUCGAUCAGCUGAAAAAGAAAACAAAAGACAUUGAAAGGGAGAAAGCGAAAAGGAAGGGAAGGGACUCUGGCGCGAGGGACCUAGACAGCUUGGAUGAGGCCUAUUUGAGAAAAGUUAGGAAGCACAGCAAGAUGUCCAAGCGGGAGAGGGAGAAGCUGUCGCUGCAAAAACUGCAAGAAUUCGAUGACAGGCUGAAGGGGCUCUUCUCCCGCGACGGUUAG